AUAAAGAGCAAGAAGGAAAGCUACUGAGGAAAACAAUUAAUCCAAAAACAGAGAAGCUUUUAAGCACAUUACUAAAUUAUCUUUGCUUGCUAAGUUGGUUUGCUUUGAUUUUCUCUUUACAAUAUCAAUCUUUGAUCCAUAAAACGACGAAAGAUUAACACAAACAGCUUUUCACAAGCAGAAAAUUUAAAUAAACAAAUAAAUAAAAUAAUCUUUUAUAGUUAUUCUCUUUCUCUUUCUUUCUUGCUUGCUUUCUUGGUUUCUUUCUUGUUUGGAUCCGAUCUGAACAAGAGCUAAAAUUUUUCAGGGAAACAGAAAGUUGUUUAACUUUUCUUUUCUUUGCGAGAGUCAUGUAAGAUUGCUUCCUCUGCAUUUUAUUCUCUCUUGUUUAAUAAGUGCUGGUGUGAAGUUGCUUAAUGGAGUCAUUGGGUAAUGGAGUUGAUCCUUCAUCAAAUAGUCAAAGUUCAACUUCUACAAUAAGGAAUAAUUCUCUGCCCACAUUAGUUGCUCCUCGUCCUUCUCGGCCUCCAUCUGCUGAACAAUCUAGAUAUGAAGGAACUUCUACCACGUGCUAUGCAGCAACUCAUCAUCCAGGCUCGAAGCAUCUAAAUGGUUCUGUUGCAAAUCAAAAGCUUUCCUACAAAUCACUUCAUGAUCCUACAGAAAAUGAAGAAUUGCCAAAUAUGGCCAAACACUUUUACGGUCCACUUAAGGAUCUUGUGGGCUUGAGUGAAGUUCUUAAUCAAUCAACAGAAAGUUUUCCUGAGAAGAAUGUUCUCAUGGUAGAACCCAAAUCUAAUCAUGCUAUUGAUGAACCUGAAAUAUCUAAUUCAAGUGGUUCACUUGAAUCAGAAAGUGUAGUCUCAGGUUCAUGUGAAGGAGAUGGUGGGGUGCGGAACAACCAUGGAGCAUCUCAUUCAGCCAUAAGCUUUUGUUCUAGUCCUUCAACCAGUGUAUACACUGCAACUCAUUAUGCAGAAGCGAAGCAAAGUUUCACCAACACAGAAGUUAGUGAAGAAGCUAGCUCUAUUGAGAAACCAAGUGAAAGCGGCAAUAUAAGUAACUCUCAUGAUAAUGAAAGCAGGAAGCUGAGUCUCUAUAGAGGCAGCACGGAUAGUGAUGUUAGUGAUGACAGCAGCUCUAGUAGUCUAACUGGUGCUUUGUACAAACCCCACAAAGCAAAUGAUAUAAGAUGGGAAGCAAUUCAAGUUGUACGAUCUCGUGAUGGAGCAUUGGGUUUGCAUCACUUUAAAUUGUUGAGGAGAUUGGGAUGUGGAGAUAUAGGCAGUGUUUAUCUAUCAGAGUUAACUGGAACAAGAACUUAUUUUGCAAUGAAAGUUAUGGAUAAGGCAGCUCUAGCGACUAGGAAGAAGCUUCCAAGGGCUCAAACAGAACGAGAGAUACUGCAAUCUUUGGAUCAUCCAUUUCUACCCACUUUGUAUACGCAUUUUGAGACAGAAAAGUUCUCUUGCUUGCUGAUGGAGUUCUGCCCUGGAGGGGACCUGCAUGCACUCAGGCAAAGACAACCUGGGAAGUAUUUUCCAGAGCAUGCUGCUCGAUUUUAUGUUGCCGAAGUUCUCCUUGCUUUGGAGUAUUUGCACAUGCUUGGGAUCAUUUACAGAGACCUUAAACCGGAGAAUGUUUUAGUUAGGGAAGAUGGGCACAUAAUGCUUUCAGAUUUUGAUCUGUCUCUAAGAUGUUCUGUCUCCCCAACCCUGGUCAAAUCAUCGAACUUUACUUUGGAGUCAAAGAAUACAGCAUAUUGCGCCCAGCCUGCUUGUAUCGAGCCAACUUGUGUAAUGCAGCCGGAUUGCAUCCAACCAGCAUGUUUUGGACCACGGUUUUUGUCAAGCAGGUCCAAGAAAAAUAAAAAGGUUAAGCCAAAGAAUGAAAUGAAUCAUCAAGUAAGCCCUCUCCCUGAGCUAAUUGCUGAACCUACAAAUGCUCGAUCAAUGUCUUUUGUGGGCACACACGAGUACUUGGCACCAGAAAUAAUUAAAGGCGAAGGCCAUGGCAGUGCUGUAGAUUGGUGGACAUUUGGAAUCUUCCUUUAUGAGCUUUUGUUUGGUAAAACUCCUUUUAAGGGGGCAGGAAAUCGAGCUACAUUGUUUAAUGUAAUUGGUCAGCCAUUAAGAUUUCCAGAAUCACCUCCUGUGAGUUUUGCUGCUAGAGAUUUGAUCAGAGGCUUACUGGUGAAAGAACCACAACAUCGUCUCGCCUAUAGGCGUGGAGCUACCGAAAUAAAGCAGCAUCCAUUCUUUCAGAGUAUAAAUUGGGCACUCAUUAGGUGCACAAAUCCUCCAGAGGUUCCAAAACAAGCCAUGAUGGAUAUUCUUAUGAGGGCUGAUAUACAAAAAGCACCCACUUCAGGAAAUGUUCCGGGUGUCGAUGUGAAGCCUUCAGGUAACUAUUUAGAGAUUGAUUUCUUUUGAUUUCUUUGAUUGGUUUCGUUCAUCGGACCAUCUUUCCAUAGCCUCAUUCUUGCAUGUUGUGCUUCAAUGGUUCUUUUUCCAUUGCAAAGGGAGACAAAACCCAUUUGUCCCUUAAUAAGCACAGUUUAUGUUCUUUAAACAACACUUGAGGAAAUGCAAAUGCAAUUAACUGAAGAAAACGAAGUUGCUGCUUUUUCAUUUCUGUCAAAGUUAUUCCAUCUGCUUAUUAUUUCCAAUCAUUGUAUAGAUUCUUAAUAUCCAUUAGUUUUAUUUAUUUAUUUAUUUAUUUUUGAUUCGGAGUUA